AAAGCUCUAUAUAUUGCCUCGAGGGAAGUUUCAUUCCCAGGCUCUGCCACAUCCGAAGUCCAUACCUUAACAAAGAUCUUCUAGUACUCUCAUUUUAUAGAGCCAUGGCUUCCGUGAUCAGAGUCUUGGCUCUGUUGGUGGCGACGAUGGCUAUGGUGCUGCAGGUUUCGAAUGCGACUGUAUACAAGGUUGGAGACUCGGCUGGAUGGACCACCAUGGGAAAUGUCAACUACAAAGAAUGGGCUGCUACUAAGACUUUCCGAGUUGGAGACGUUAUCAAAUUCGCAUACAAUGCUCAGUUUCACAAUGUACUUCGAGUUACACAUGCCAUGUACAGGUCAUGUAACGCUUCAGUCCCUUUGGAAUCCUUUAGCACCGGAAACGACUCCAUCACAAUCAAGACCAAAGGCCACCACUUCUUUCUUUGCGGUGUUCCCGGUCACUGCCAAGCCGGUCAGAAGGUCGACAUCAAUGUUCACAAUGUAUCAACCGCUCCAACUCCUUCUGCAUUACCCUCUCCUACUGCAAUUACUGCCAAGACUCCCGCACCGUCUUCAAAUAUGGCUGCUCCCCACAAAUUUGUGAAGGGACAAUCUGCGUUGCUAGGAUUAACAAUUGCAACUCUUUCAUUUUUUGUUUCUAGUUAAAUAAUGUUGUAAGGAGUGCCCUUAAGUUUCUUGAUUGCUUUAUUAUGGGCAUUUGAGCUUUUCAAGGAUAUUAUUUUUUUAGGUCGGUAUAGUAGUGAAAUUUUGCUUCUUGAAAUAGAGACAUAUACAACGUAUAUCGGUAUAUGGAUUACUACAAUUUCAAAUAAAUU